UGUCUGUGGUCUUUACUCCGGCGGUCCGGGCGCCGCUUUCGGAGGAUUUGCGCGGAUGAAGGCGAGCGCGUCCGCGACGACGCGCGCCGCCGUGUCCGACGCGUUUUCCUCCCCUUGGAUGGAGACGCGCACGUCGCACUGCUCGUAGAACUCCCGCCUCUUCUCGAGCGUCGCGGAGAGCGUGGCGCCGACGUCGCCCUGCUGCAGGAGCGGCCGCUUGCCGGCCUCGUCGCCGCUCGACAGCCGCGCUGUGAGCGUCUCGACGUCCGGGUCGAGCCAGACCACGAUGCCCUGGCGCAGCGACGCCCAGUUCUGUUGCCUUGUCACCACGCCUCCCCCCGUCGCCACGACGAGCCGCACGUAGGCGGCCACCUGCUCCAUGAUCGACCCCUCGAGCUCGCGGAAGGCCGCCUCCCCGUCCUUUUCGAAGAUGUCCGCGACCGUCCUUUUCGUCGCUGCUUCGAGUGUUGCGUCUGUGUCGAGGAAUGUGUAGGACCCGAGCUGCCGGCUCACGAGUUCGCCGACGCUCGUCUUGCCCGAGCCCAUCAUGCCGAUCAAGUAGAGGUUCACGUUCUGCAAGGCCUCGGCGAGUUCGCGGCCUGCUGUCGUCGUCCGCGACUCCGGCUCGGCGGCGCUGCUUCUCCGUAUAAGCUGGCUCGGUCGCUGCACGCCUCGUCUCGGGCCCGUGAAGGCGCUCGCUGUCGCGAGGCCGAGGAGGAGCUGCAGUGCUUUAGGCAUUGGUCCUGUUGUACGGCGUCUCUGGCUGUCGCGCAGCUCUUACACGAGCUGCAACUCCACGGCUCUCUC